AUGGCAAUGGAAUCGAUGUCAGCCGCGUUUGCGGGUGCCUUCAAAUCUAAACGACUCGUUUACCGGAGCAUGGAAGACACAGACGCAGAUAGAGACUGGCUAUGGAAGAACCUUUGGAACAAUCCAGUCAGUGUGGGCUUGGCUAAUCUUGGGACAUUCGUGCCACCCUCGCAGAAGAAUUUUAAGAAGGAUUGGGAGCAGAUUACAACUAAGGCACUAGUAGCUGUCUUCAUUUGCCUGCCACCCCCGGAGAAGGAGGAGGUUGCGGAGUCUGAAGAAACCGACAAGGACAAGGGAAAAGAUAAGAAAGCCGACGCAGGCACGAUCAUUGGCAUGAUUUGCCUCUCAAAAUAUGCUGUGGAUGCUUUUAAAAGACGUACUGGAAUUGGCCUACAGAUUGCAGACGAAUACCAAAACAAGGGAUAUGGAAGAGAGGCUAUAAAUUGGGCACUCGACUGGUCUUUUACGUUCGGCGAUAUGAACAAGGUAGAAAUCGGUACUGCGUCGUACAAUGAUAGGGCAGCAGCAUUGUACGAGAGUAUAGGGUUCAAGCGCGAGGGUGUCAAGCGGCAAGCAUUUUUCAUGAACAGAAAGUAUUGGGAUAUCAUUGACUUUGGAAUGCUCGUGCACGAAUGGGAGGAGUUGAGGGGGCUGAAGGCAGAGACCAAUGAUGUUCCUCUUCGGUAA